GGAGAUUGUUUGCCUUUAAUCUUUUCUUAAGAAACUUCAUAAUUCAUUCAACAAGCACCACAUCAAUGGAAAACGAAAACGUAGUCCCCGUUGAUCCCGGCAGCCCGCUUUUUCUGUCUGGUGAUGGUUUUGAGUCGGCAGGUGUCCUCUUCCCGCACGCCGUGUUUCACUUCCCUUCAAAGGAAAAGAAAGAGGCUUGCGAUUUCCUGGAUAAGCGGCUAGGUCUCAAAAGGCAAACACUAGAAGCUCGCAUCGCCCGUGUGGAGAGGAAGAUAAGAGCUCUGGAAAGUGAUCCCUUUCAAUGGGAAUGGCGGAAUUUUGAUUCUGUUGCUGAGAUCCCGAAGAUGCUCCGGAUGUAUCUCCGUGCUAAGGGAGUUCCGGGGCCCGUGAAUGCCCCGAUCUAUACCGCUCCAUCUGAUGGCGAAGAAGAAGGCGAGGAGGAUACCAGCACCUGUCGGAAACGCGUUCGGGAUCGUUCCGAAGUGGAUGCCAAGAACAAGGCGUCCACUUCGAAAAUCAAACCGGCGAUGAAGGAGCCUGUUCCUGAGCCUCUUCCUUAAAUGUUCCCUAACUCUGCUCCUAUUUUGAACUCGUAAUGGGCUUCGGCCCUCUUUUU